ACUUCAUCACCCAAAUACGCGUCACGAGCGCGUGAAGAUAUCAGCGCCCCCACAACGUAGAACCUUCUCGGUAAUCUGUCCUCUGUUUCUUGCUCCAUAAUCCCUUCUCCAUCCUCGCUACAUAUAUUGAUGUUCCUAACAACUCUCUCAAAUUCAUACCUUUUUUAGCUUUUCUUCUCACUCUUUCUGCCACAUUCUCACGCUUUCUCUCUAACCAAACACCAAGGAUAAUACAACCGACUCACCAAUUAAUCUGCCAUGUUUCGUCUGAGUAACAACUUGGUAGGAAUCCUCAACUUCAUCACCUUCCUGCUCUCCAUCCCAAUCCUGGGCGCGGGGAUCUGGCUCCGAAACCAUGGUACAUCUGAAUGCGAGAAGUUCCUUGACACGCCUGUGAUUGUCAUCGGCGUGUUCCUGAUGUUAGUUUCUCUAGCGGGUUUAAUCGGCGCGUGCUGUCGCGUGUCGUGGCUACUCUGGGUUUACCUUUUUGUCAUGUUCCUUCUUAUUCUGUUGCUCUUCUGUUUCACGACAUUUGCAUUUGUAGUCACCAACAAAGGGGCUGGACAAGUGUUGUCUGAAAGGGGAUAUAAGGAGUACAGAUUGGGAGAUUACUCCCACUGGUUGCAGAAGAGAGUGAAUAAUACUAAGAAUUGGAACAAGAUUAAGAGUUGUUUGAUUGACGGGAAAGUUUGCUCUGAUUUUAACGAUAAAUAUCUGAAUGAUACUGUCACCAAGUUUUAUACAGAGCACUUAUCUGCUCUUCAGUCUGGAUGCUGUAAGCCUGCAGAUGAAUGCGGAUUUGAGUAUGUAAGUCCAACCAAUUGGACCUCAACAACUACUGCAAGUUCCACAAAUCCUGACUGCGCUGCAUGGAACAAUGAUCCUAAUACUCUCUGCUUUAACUGCAAUUCAUGCAAGGCUGGAUUGCUAGAUAACAUCAAGAGUGACUGGAAGAAGGUUGCUGUUGUGAACAUUAUAUUCCUUAUUUUCCUCAUCAUUGUCUACUCUGUUGGAUGCUGCGCUUUUAGGAACAACAGAAGGGACAAUAAUGCUUAUAAUUCUGGAUGGAAGCACCCUUAGAGAGAUUCUUUCACCUAGCAUUAUGAAUGGGGACAUCUAUGUUGGAUUUUAUUGAUUAGUUUUAGGCAGCCUUCUCUUUGUUUGCUGCUCAUGCUGUUAUUAAUUCCUUAGUUGUUGCUUUGGGUUGUUCCUUGUGUAGCAUGUUAUAUGCUUGAUUUUUAAUGUUCUUAGAACACCCUGGAAUUAUAUAAAUGUUUCUUAUAUGCUUUGA